CACUCUUCAUUUGCACACAUUCAAAAUCAAAUCUCAAACCCUAAUUUCCCAAAUUCUUCAAUUUCUCAAAUUUUCAUUCAAAAAUGUCUGGUCGUGGAAAGGGAGGUAAAGGAUUAGGAAAGGGGGGUGCAAAGAGACAUCGCAAGGUUCUCCGUGACAACAUCCAAGGAAUCACAAAGCCAGCGAUUCGUCGAUUGGCGAGAAGAGGAGGUGUGAAAAGAAUCAGUGGAUUGAUCUAUGAGGAAACAAGAGGUGUGUUGAAGAUCUUCUUGGAGAAUGUUAUAAGAGAUGCUGUUACUUACACUGAGCAUGCGAGGAGGAAAACUGUGACUGCUAUGGAUGUUGUUUACGCGCUUAAGAGACAAGGAAGAACCCUCUAUGGUUUCGGUGGUUGAAGAUGAUGAAGUUUUUUGUGUAAUUGUUAUGGGUUUUUCUUUGUAAGUUUUAACAAGAUUGAAAUUGAAUGAAAUGCUCUUUCUUGGUGAAUUAUGAUUUUAA